AUGUCUUCUCGACAGCGUCGACCUCAGACGGACCGUACCCGCAUCGUCGACUCAAUGGGUCUGCCUCCGCGUGAGCCCGUCCGCGAGCCGUACAGUUCCACCUACUCGUCGUACUCUCGCUCGCGCGGAGAGCGCAAUGGCGCUGGCGGACGAUCCAGCGAACGGUCCUUCGAUGCCAGACGGGCGGCUGCCGCUGCCACCACCGGUGUUCGUUCGAGCGCUUAUGAGGAUGAUGACGAACUCCGAAGCAGGCGCUCCUCGCGUCAGUAUAGCUCCGACCCACGACAAGACGCACGCAGGUCCAUUGACGCUCGCCGUCCCAGACAUGACAGCCUCCCCGCCCCUCGUUCUCGCCCAAUGAGCAACCGCAAACCCAUCCCCACUUUCGAUGACGACCGGGAUCGUCGCGAUCUGGACGACUUGGACGAGGAGCAAGACGACGAUCUCGACGAGGACCGACGUUCCGAUCGCCGUCGCAGUCUCAAUCCUAGCCGUCGCCCCGACGUCUCGCGCGGCGCUCCCCCUGCCGCCCCUCGCUCCGACCGAGGCGGCGCUGCUCCCGUCCAUGGACGCAAGCGUCAGGACAGCGACCCGCACCGCCAGCCUGAACCGUGGGAGGACUUUUCCAACGCCGCUUACGACUCUCGUCAGCCCCCUCGUUCUACUCCAAGGGCAAGAGACGAGGACCAAGACGACAUUCGCCGCAGACCCACCAACGGACGCUCCCAGAGACCGAGAUCCUACAGCACUCGUUCAGCCCGUGACGACGAAUAUAACUACGAGCCAUCUUCUCGAGCCGGGCCCCGCCGUGGCGCCCCCAGACCCGCACCCGAACCUGAGCCCUCUACUGCACGCGGCGGCGGAGGUCUUCUCACGCGUGUGCUGUCGAAAGCCUCGGGAGGAGCCAGCAGCAGCGACAAGGGAAGGCCUCCCGGAGCUCGCAUGGAGCGAUCUUCGAGUCGUCUCAAUCGCUACAGCGCUCGUCCGCCGACUGAUCGACGCAACGACGAUGAGAGGGAGCUCGCACGCAUCGAAGAGGAUGAAAUGCUUCAGGCCAUGCAGAGUCGCCGCAGCGCUGCCGAUCGUGCAGCCCGAGGCGUCGACGAGGUCGAUUCUCGCAGGAACAGGGACGGAUCCGAGAGCCGCAAACCUGGCUCGCAGCUUUCUAGGGCCAGCUCGGGCGCAGCGGGUCCGCAGCGCCAGGAUCGCGAGCGCCAACGCACCCUCAACGCACUCGAACGCAGGGACGAAGAUCUUCCCAUGAUGUCUCGCACCGACGCGGUCGCCCGUUCGCGAUCUCAGGCCAAGACACAAUCUCGCUCGCAGCCGCGACCCCGAUCGCGUUCCAGAGAGGACGAUCGCUCCCGCCCAACCGUAUCCCACACAAAGUCGACGCGAGAGGCCGCUCUCGCCGCUGUCACUGGCAUCUCUACUGGUGCCGUGGCUGUCAGCGCUAUCAACAAGAAGCGCCGAAAUGGCAAGAAGGCCAAGGACUACGACGAGGACGAGCUGAGCGAUGCCUCUUCCGACGACGACAGCCGUCUCGAAGACGCACCCGAGGCUCCGGAUGUGCACGACGACGACGCGAUUCCUAUUAUCGUCACAGGCAACGCCAAAGCCGUCCAGAAUGGAAAGCAGGUUGCCGUUCCUGCUCCUUCGGCCAAGAAAGCUCCAAAGGUCGCCAGCGACGACGAGGAAGACUCGUCGGAGGACGACUCGGAUGAUGAGAGCACCGAGGAGACCUCGGAAAGAGGACUCGAGACCGCUGCUAAGCCUGCGCCUGCCAUCCGGCAAGCAGCCGUGGCUCCAAAUGGAGCGCCCGCCUCUCGUUCCAACUCCAAAAUCGUGGCUACCAGUGCAAAUGGUGGUGCUGCGCCCAAGGGCUACAUGAACUUCACCCGCAAAUCGCUCGCUGCUGCUGCUGUGCCCAGAGCUGCUGCUGGAAAGGGCCGACCUGUCUCCGACUCGGAGCCCUCCGAGCUCAGCGAAUCCGAGCUGAGCGAAGAGGAGGCCUCAGAGGAAGAGGUGGUCGCACCGCCGAGGCGAUCUCGUGAGACGCCGGCUGCAGCUCUUGCAGCUUCGGCCGGUGGAGCCGCCGUUGUCGGUGCUGGCACGCUCGCCGCUCAGCGCAGCUCGCAGGCGGAGAAGGAUCGUCGCCGAGCCGCGAAAUUGCAGGCCGAGCAAGAGCAGAAAGCCGCCGAGGCCAAUGCUCGAGCUGCCAAGGCAGAGCGCACUGCCGAGAAACGCAGAGCCAAAGAGGAGGCCUCCGCUGCCGCUGCCGCCGCUGCGCUCGCCGCCAAGGAGGCCAAGCGCAACGAAAAAAUCAAGCUCAAGGAGGCCAAGCAAGCCGAGCUCGAGCGCAAGCGAGAGGAAGAGUCCCAGGCCCGCGAUCGGGCCAUUCGCGAAAAGGAGCAAGCCGAGGAACAGCGCCUGAUCGCGGCUCGGGAGCAAGAGCGGGAGCGUGAAGAGAAGGCCGAAGCUCGUCGAGCAAGCCGUCGUCGCCCCCACGGCGCUACUGGCCCCAAGAUGCGCAGUGCAGGCGUCAGGCCGCUUACGCCUCAACAGCGUCACUACCUGAUCAAGGCGCUCGUCAUGCUGCAGAUGCAGAGCGAGUGGGAAGAGCUCGAAAAGCUCGGUGCGCUCACCGAGUACGGCUACCCCUUCUCGAGCCAGCGCUCCAAGUUGACCCGUGUCAAGACCUUUGAGCGUGGAGAUGAUGCCGGAUCCUACGCCGGUGCCGCUCGAGACCCUUACGCCAACGACGACGUCAUGCGGGAGACCGAAAACCUGCAAGAACCGCUCCUGCUUCGCCAUCUCUUCCAUGUGCACCUGCACACGUUCCCUGGCCUGGACCAAGCACCGGAGAAGUACUGGCAGAAGCGCAUCCAGCCUUUCUUCGACGAGAUGGCCGCGCGCAACUUCUCGACCUCGGUCGAGCGUGGCGAAAUCUCCAAGCGUCGUCUGUAUGGCCUUGCCAUGACCCGCUACCUAGGCAGCUUCGUUGCUCGAGGUGUCGGUGUGCGUGGCGAGGGGGAGAUGCGAGGGCCUGGCGUCGGUGAUCCCGGCACCGAGAAGUGGGGCGUCGGCAAGAACUGGGGCAAGGGCACCGUCAAGCGUGGUCUCGACCGUCCCGAGCGUAUUGACUCCGACUUGAUGAACGAAAUCGACCAGCUCUUUGAGGGCAAGGCCGGCGACCACUGGCGUGCUGCCGGCAAGGAGUGGAGCAAGGUGCGACGCGAUUGGUGUGGCUUCAAGGAGAGCAUCAUCGAGAGCGAAACGGGUCUCGAAGAGGUCAUCUCGUACCUCGACAUUGCCAACGUCAAGAACCUGCCGCCGCAGUACCGCAAUUCGGUCGAGUUCGCUCGUGUCCACGCUGCCUACAUUUUCCACGCCUUGUUUGUCACGGCGCCCAACGCGGAUGACCUGUUCAAGAUGGUCAAGGGCAUCCAUGCGCUGGCCCCCUACUGGGGCGCCAAGCAGCUGCUCAAGUACGCCAAUGCCGAGACCAUGAUCUCGGGCAUCCUCUCGCUGUUGCUGGCUCGACCAGGCGGUGCCAAGUCGCUGAUCCAACGCGUCUUCUCUUACGUCAUCGGCAAAGAGGCCGCGUACAUCCAGAAGGAGUUUGUGGUCCCGCUUCGCAAGGAGAUCGACGACCCCGAGCUCACCAAGAAGGUCGAGGACUACGUGCGCCGAGGAGACCGAGUCGAGUCGCGACACAUGCAACGCGAGGCAAAGAAGCGCGGCGAAGACGUCCUGACCACCAUCCUGAUCUCGGCGGACGGCAAGCUGGGCAAGGAUGCCGAGAACCACGUGCUCGAGCUGCAGCGCUGCUUUGCUCUUUCGCCCUACCGCGGCAAUCUCAACUAUGCGUAUCCCGAGACGACGCCAGCAGGGGCCGACCGUCCGCCGAUGCCGACGUGGAACGCGAAAGGCUCCGAGAGCACGCGUGCGCGCAAGUUUGCGCUGCUCAAGCUGCUGCUCCGAGAGAGUCUCAAGCGUCGCGAUCGAGAGCAGGCGGUGGAGAUCGCCAGUGGAAGCCUGAUUCCUGCCAUCAUCAAGGACUCGCUCGAGACCGUCUUCUACCCGGCCAUCCGUUCCAUCGCUAACGCUGCCAACCUCAGCGAGCGACUCGGCGAUCUGCAAAAGUUCAUCGACGACAUGAUUGAGGUGAAGAAGAGCGGCGACAACAGCAUCGAAGGAUGGAUCGCACUGGCCGCACGCCACGAGCAGUCGCUCUAUGCGCUCUUCCACGAAUGCGCUCCCAUCUCGAAACGACUCUGGGACUGGUGCCAGCUCGGAUUGGACUACAUGGCGCUGUCGACCACGGAUCCGGAGCACCCGGCCGAUCGACGCGCGCCCAACCUCGAAGUCAACCUGGAGGAGCUCCUUCAGGACGCCCGUCUGAGCGAUACCGAUGUCAAGAAGAUCAUUGCCGAGGCGGACAAGCUGGCCAGGUACGCCAAGUGGACAAAGGUACGCUACGAGCUGGAUGCUCGCAAGAACUACCUGCUCGGCCGGCCCGAAGCCGGCCACCCAGGUGGCGUCUCGGAAGUCCAGCUGGACGAGACGACUCGCCGCGAGGUGGCAGACAUCGACUCGCUGAUGGCCGACCUCAUGGCCGACGCGGGCGAGACGAUCGACGACGGCGCUUGCGAGGACGGCGUUCGCGGUACCGAGAAGUACGACUUUCCCUGGGCUUUCUUUGACGAAGUCGACCCGCUCAACCAGCACCUGGCGGGCGAGGAGGAGGCGGGCCAACUGCGCUACCCCAAGCCCCCUGUCGGCUUCGCGCCGCCCACGCUCAAGCACAUUCGCAAGGUCCAGCCGCUGUUUUGCGAGCUGCUGGCGUCGAAGCUGCCCGAGUGGCAGUCAGAGGACGUGCUCGGUCAACUACAGAGCGAUAUGCGCCCCAGCAAGGCCGGUGGCGCGGGCAACAGGCUCAGUCUCAAGCCCAAGAGGCCCAAGACGACGUUUAGCGAGUCGGUGAGCGCCGGAGGCGGAGGAGGCGGAUCGAGCUCCUACCCGGCGGAGAACAAGAGUAUUUUGAGCACGGCCACUUCGAGGUUUAGCAGGAUGAGGCUGCCGAGUCUGUUCGGCAGGAAGUAG